ACAAGUGCCAGCCACGUAGAAAGCACUUCUUUUCUUCGAUCGACCACUCCACUGUGAUCGAAUUUCACAAGAACAAUCACAGUUGCGCGAGUUGGAUCGAAUUAAUGGAAUCGAAUUGCCUAUGGAUUGGAAUCUGGAGAGUUUUCAAAUUCGCGCUCUAAAACCCUAGCUAUGGCAUUGUGUUCUUCUGCGAUCUAUGGAGCGCCUUCCUCUUCCAGGUACCAUUACAAUUUCCCCGGCAUGCCGCCAGCGCCCAGCUUCUUGUCGAGAUUCUGGCUCUGGCAGCACAAGGAAGCGGAUCAUCGCAGCGUCAUGCCCUCGGCGGAGCAAGAAUCCCGUGCCAAUGCCGCCAGUGCUGCCAUCGCCGCGUCCUCGCCCGGCCGGAACAGCCGCCAGAUCGAGGCGCUCAUCGCGGCGAGGGUGAUUCUCAGCAUUCUCGGCAGCGCGCCCUGCCCCGAGAACGCGAAAUCCAGCCUCGCGCUUCACAUCCGCUGCCUGUCUCGGGAGAUUGCGUGGAGAGUGCUGGAGAGGAUCGAUAAUCCCGACUUGGCGGUGGUGUUCUUCAACUGGGCAGAAUCGCUGCCGUCCUACCACCACAGCAUCUACGCUUGCAAUGGUAUGCUCCAGAUCUUCGUGGAUUCUAAGAGGCAUCGCGAUGGGUAUGAGUUUUACAGGCACAGGCUGCUGGGGAGCUACGCAGUGAACGAGGUCAGCUAUGGCAUCCUCAUGCAAGGAUUUUGCAAGGCCGGAGAGUUCCAGCAAGCUCUAGAGUUGCUGGACGAGAUGAAAAGCAAUGGAGUUCGUCCCAACGUGGUGAUCCACACGACCAUCAUCCGGGGCCUGUGCACCGCAGGGAAAGUCUCGCAAGCUUUGCUACACUUUAGAAGGAUUGGAGAGGACUGUGCUCCAAACGUCUACACUUACAGCACUCUCGUGGACGCUCUUUGCAAGUCGGGCCAGCCUCAUGAAGCGUAUGGGCUGGUGACGGAGAUGGUGAAGAAGGGGUGCUCUCCAAACGUGGUAACUUACAAUGCGCUCAUCGAUGGGUUUCGCAAGCUGGAGAGGCUGGACGAGGUCUUGAUGCUGCUCAAGGAGAUGUCUCAGCGGGGGUGCCGGGCGGAUGUCAUAACUUACACGAUGAUCUUGGAUAUCUUCUGCAAGAACAAUAGCAUCGACGAGGCUUACAGGCUGCUCAACGCGCUGGAGAAGAGGAACGUCGUCACUUACAACAGCCUCUUCACCGCACUUUCCACCGCCGAGGGUGACAGAACGACCGAGGCUUUAAGUCUCCUGGAGAAGAUGAUCCAGGAAGGAACUCGGCCGAACCAGGUGAACUACCGGACAGUGCUGCUGAUGCUGUGCAAGAACAGCAGGCUAGACGAGGCUUACCAGGUGCUGCUAUCGAUGUAUAGCCAGGGAUGCAAGACCGACGACGUGAGCUACAAAAUCCUGGUUGUCGCGUUUGCAAAUGCCGGGAGAACCUAUGACAGCCUCGAGCUCCUGGGCCGGAUGCUGGGAAGUGGCUACAUCCUCGACACCAAAACCAUGAACGUUGUGAUUCACAAGUUUUGCAAGGCCGGGGACUUGCAUGAGGCUCACCAGCUCUUUAAGUCGAUGUACCAGAGGGGAUCCAUUCCCAGCAACGUUACUUACAACACUCUGAUCGGAGCCUUCUGCAAGGCGCAACAGCCCGACACCGCCGUGAAGUUGCUCCACCAGAUGAUUCAAGCCGACUUCAAGCCAAACGUCAUCACCUACAAUUCCAUCAUCAAGUCCUUCUGCAGGGAGCAGCGGGAGGAGGAGGCUCGAGGGAUUUUCCAGAUGAUGGUGGACAACGGAUGCUUCCCGGAUCGCGUCUCGUACACCACCUUGAAGUUAUCCAAGAACGAAGCUGCGAUAUACGACCAAAAGGUACACGACACAUACUUGAGGAAGCAUUUCGAUCCACAAGGAGCCAAGUAAGCUUUCUACUUUUGAAUUCUCGCUCGUCGGCAUACGACGGGAGGGGAAGGUGCUGUUCGUGGCGAACGUGGACAAACAGAAAGUUGAUACAAAAAGUCGUCGCCCGAGCCCGACAGUGCCCGACCCAGUUUGAAGCAGCGUAGUGAAAAACGCGCUCGCCACAAGUUCAUCGAGUCAACGUUUGAACAGUCCCAGGAGAGCUUGGAGCUUUUGCAGCUGGGAGCUGGGAGCUGGGAGGUCGACGAACAAGUCAGAGCACAGAAGAUUUCGCCCUGUAAGUCAGAGCGGCUGCAAAGUUCUCAGGAUUCACAGGGAAGACAUCACAGGUGUAGAGUAGCGGUAGAGUAGCAUGAUAGCGGAGGGGAGAAGAUGGAGAAAGGAGGAGGAUGCCACAGCGAUGGGCAAGAGCCCACCGCGUGGGAUUAUGUAGUGGUGAGCGUCAUAGCGGUAGGCUGUGUGAUACACAUAGCUGGGAACACGAUACUGAUUAGGCGCA